UUGCAAGUCAUGCAAAACAACAACACACCCAAUAUAUUUCAGAGACAGCUAGCUGCAAGGCACAGAUUUAUUUGCUGGAAUGGCCACUAAAGAGCAGAACCAAGAGCUCACAAUUGACGAUCUGAAGACAGAAAUGAAACUAACUGAUGAGCAGCUCAAUACAGCAAUACAGGAACCAGAUCUACCCGAGUUAGCAGCAUGUUUCGACAAUGUUCACAAAGGCUAUCUUGAAAAACUGGAGCUCUCACCUGGAGAGCAAACUGACGUGAAGACUAGAGCAUAUGUAGAUGGCACUCUGGCAGGAAUGUUGCUGGCUUUGAAAUUCUGGAUUCUGACCAACGAACUAGACGCCACUUUCCAAGCUCUGCUACUCAUUAUACUCUCCCUGCUCAAAGAAGACGUUGCUGUUCGAGUGUGCAAGUACUUGUCUGACAAAUGUGAGUCUGUCAUGUGAGAGUGUGGUUAGUGUGGUCAUUGUGAUACCAUAUGUUGUGGGAGUGAUUGUAACCAAAUAAGGAACUGUCCACUUAAUUGCUAUUGUUGCACAUACCAUUGUGUAUUAAGAUCACCAGGAAUGGUACUCACCUAUUGUUUUGUUUCCCCAGACUCCACCACCUCGUGUCCUCCCUCCCGAGAGAGGGUCCUGCUGAACCACAAGCUGUCCUCGUACAGGGACUACCUACAAAGUCGCUACAGAAUGCAAGUAUCCACAUCAGCCACACAAUGGCCUCCCGUCCCAACAAAGACAAUUUUCAAACUAGCCAUGAUUCAGAAGGAGGAAAUACAGAGAGGAAGAAUCGACGAUGAAUUUGUUAGGCUAACAAUUACGGGGAAAAUUGACGAUAUUUUACUUCAAAAAACUCCGGUUAACUUAACUAACAUUUUCCCUGAGAUUGAGGAUACACGAAACUUUGUGUUGAUUGAAGGAGCUCCCGGCUCUGGCAAGAGCACCCUUGCUCUACACAUCUGUCAGGAGUGGGCAAAGGGGAAACUGUUCCAACAGUUCGAUAUUGCAAUCCUGGUGAGACUGAGAGAUCCCCUCGUUAGAGAAGCAAAAACAAUAGAAGAUCUUCUCCCUUGUAGGAAUUCAACACUGGCAUGCCAAAUAGGGGCAACAAUUUCAGGGACUGAUGGCAAAGGUGUACUGUGGGUGCUGGACGGAUGGGACGAACUUCCUUCUGACCUCCCUAGACACUCAAUCAUUAACAAACUAAUUCGACCAGACAUGUCACAAAAAGGAGCCCUACACGAAUCAGCUGUGAUUGUAACAUCUCGACCGUCAUCUUCGGCUGAGCUCCACCCACUAGUCUCGUCCAGGGUGGAAGUGUUGGGGUUCAAUCCACAUGAACUAGAACAGUAUUUCACUGAGUGUCUGAAAGGUGACUCACAAGCUGUGCAGACUCUACUGGAGAGAAUUCGAGAGAACCCAGUGGUAGAAGGUAGCUGCUACCUCCCCCUCAAUGCUUCCAUUGUCGUUAAUUGCUUCCUUUCUGACAACCACUCCCUCCCAACAUCCAACCACGGGAUAUUCACAUCAAUUGUCCAGAGCUCUCUCAAGAGAUACCUCCAGGAGAAGUUGGGGAAGACCACUCCAGUGGGAGACAUCACAUCCCCAGACUCACUGCCCUCGGAAAUCAGUACGCAGACCGUACAAAUGUGUCAACUUGCAUAUCAUGGGAUCGAAAAAAACAAAGCGACAUUUACUGACGGUGAUUUGGCCGCUCUUUGCAUUACGAAGGACAUUUCAAACGUGGGAUUAUUACAAACUGUUCCCAGUAUCAUUAGCGAUGGUCAUUUGGUUUACUACUGCUUUCUCCACCUGUCUAUUCAAGAGCUACUGGCAGCAAUCCACAUCUCUCUCAUGUCUCCCAAGCAACAAAUCUCUGUAUUCCAGAAGCUCUUUGGGAAUCCUCGAUUCAGUGCAGUCUUCCAGUUUUAUGCUGGUAUCACCAAACUGAGUACAAGUAGACCAAUCCUCAGCAAGCUACCUCGAUUCUUGUGUCCAGUUCCAGCCACUGUUUUUGAUCUGGUCAGAAAGGUUGUCAAAACUGAGAAAGAGAAGUAUGGUGAGAAGCCCCUUUUGUUGUCCCUCAUCAAUUGUUUGUACGAAGCUGAAGACUCGCGACUGUGUGUGUUUGUGGCUAAUCUUCUUAAUCACAAUCUAAAUCUUGAUUACACUACAAUGAAUCCUAUCAACUGCCUCUCUGUUGGAUAUUUCGUAUCAGCUUGUUCCAACACCAGUAAUGGAUUCACACUUAGUCUCAGAAGUUGCUCUAUUAGUGACCAAGGCUGCAAAUUUCUGGUCCGAGGACUCUCCAAGUGUCCCAACUCUAAUAAUGAUAUUCCUACAGAAGGGAUACACAUCGCUGAGAUUAUCGAGAACACUAUUUCAAUAUCUGAAUUGGAUUUGUUUAAUAAUGCCAUUGGCAACAGUGGACUUAGCACACUCUGUGAGGCCUUCUCAGCGAACAUAUCAUUAAAGAGCCUGCACCUGACCAAAUGCUCACUAACAAUAUCAGACGACAAUGGAGCUGCCCUCUAUCAACUUCUGAAUACAAACAAUUCCCUCGAAUAUCUUAAUUUGUCAUUUAACACAGUGACUAGCUGUCGUCACAUUGCUGCUGGACUUGCAGUCAAUAAGACUCUGAGAACAUUGCACUUGUAUAACUGUGAACUGACUGAUCAGAGUAUCGAGGAGCUAUCAACUGGACUGAUCAACAAGAUUGAAACACUGUACAUUAGGGGUAAUCACUCAAUAACAGAAGAUGGAAUGAAGACGCUUGCCAGACAUCUAACCACCCACUGCUCUGAACUGACACGAUUGGGGAUACCCUACCACCUAGGAUCCUGUAUCGAGACAGUAUUCAGGGACGUUAACGAAGAGAGGAAGAGAAAUGGACUACCCAAGAUCAAUGUUGAUUAUGUGUAUGAUUAUGUGAGAUUGUUGUGAGAUUAAUUAUUUAUAAUUAUGUAUAUUAAUUGAUUGAUUAUUAUUAAUAAUUAACGUUUAGUUAUAAUUAUAUUAUGAUUAUUGUUGUUAUUAAUUAAUUAAUAAAUGUUAAUUAAUUUGUUGUGUUAUGCAUCUAA